AUGUUUUUACCGAAAGUUAACGAGCACAACAGGUUGGAAUUGGAUCUUCUAGAUGCACACUUGUUUGCAUUUCCUGAAGAAAUAUGUGAGACGAGCGGACUGGAGGUAUUGAAACUUUGUACAGACGACAUACACUCUAUACCCGAAGGCAUUGCCAAACUGAGGAAACUAGAAGAAAUUCAUUUGCAUACAAGUGAUUACCACAAUUCCAUAACUUCCUACUUGUCACCGCGGCUUCCACCCAUUGGUCUCCAGGAGGUCCCUACUGUUGUUUCUCUUCUUCCAUGUCUCAAGGUUUUGUCUGUGUGUGGUAACCGUGGCAAUCCAUUGCUGUUUGAUGAGCUAAUGUCAUGUCAACUGCCCAGUACUCUUGUGGAAGUGGAAAUGGUGGAUUGUGGUUUGACACAAGCAACUUUGUCUUUGAUCUGCAACAAUGUGAAACUGUGCAAAGUGAAUUUAGCACACAACUAUCUGCAGUUGUUCAAAUAUUGCAACACAGAGAUGAUAAGAGAGUGGAAACGUUUACGAACAUUGAAUUUGUCUGAUAAGAAGAGAUUGUUGUGUCUUCCCAACAAUAUAUGGAAUGGACUGAACUUGUGGAGAUUGGAUCUAAGCAAUUGUGGUAUAGAAAGUGUACCAAAUACAGAAGUCACAAUUGAAGAAGUCGACAUAUCAGGAACUUCAGUCACUCAUCUUCCUAAGGAAUUUGUCUUUAGCUCCAGACUUAAGGAAUUGAAAGUGGAUGGAUGCCCAUUAGUGUUUCCACCCAUUGAAGUGUGCAACCAAGGCAUUGAUUUUAUAAGAGAAUAUUUCCGUGAGCUGGAUAAGGUGGGUGGAGUGCGACGUGGCAGAAUAAAGAUUCUAGUGAUGGGAACUACAAUGGCAGGAAAAACAAGCUUCGUUGAAGCACUGGAGAGUGGUAAACCAUUUCUGGCAGAACCCGAUAAGAGAACUAUAGGGGUAGUAGAAAAAGUGAUGAAGCUGGAUGAUAAAAUAGAAUGCAAACUCCUUGACUGUGGUGGCCAUAGAGCGUACAUGCUAACUAACCAGCUGUUCAUCAGUGACAAUUCAUUGGUAUUGAUUGUUGUUGACAGCAAUCAGUAUAAGUUUACUCAACAAUGUUUUCGACAAAAUAUUGCAGAUUUCCUGCAAGUUGUGUAUGACAGAAACAGCAGAGCUCACAUUGCUAUUGUUGUGAGUAAAGUUGAUCUGAUGAUCGACAUGUCAAGAGAAGAAAUGAGUAGAAAGUGGAACGAACAUCUGCACACUUGUCUACGUCAAUUCUUGAAGAUCAGACAAGCUGAGAUUGAUCGAAUGAAACGCAUCAUUGCAACUGGAGAUUCUCCAAAGAACAAAUACGUAUCAGAACGUCUUCACUUUUUUGACUUUCAGCGAAUAACUGUUGAAGAAAAUGUGCUAUUGACGAGUGCAGCUACACACGAGGGUGUGGUCAGUGUGAAGGUUCAUUUAAGACAACUGUGUGGUAAUGAAAGGCUGCUGCCUUCACUGCACACAGAGCUGCCAUCAUCAUGGGUGACUGUAGAAGACAAGUUGAUUACACCACAACCUCACACGUCUGUCCCCAUUACAGAUGUCUCUUAUGCAAUGCAACUGUGUGUAGAGCACGGACUGACAGAAGAAAGCUGUCGUGAGUUGCUAAACUACCUGAACCAGGUAGGAAGCAUUCUGUAUUACUCUCAUCACCCGACUUUAGCAGAAGUUCUCUUUCCUGUACCACCAUUUGUGGUCACUUUACUUAAGGCUGUUUUCAGACAUGAUCACGAAUCUUUAGAAUAUGAUGAUCGGUUUAUUGGGGUAGAUAUAGGUCCUCAGAAGUUUAAGGAGAUGAAAAGUGAUCUUGUUUUUAAUGGCAUUGCUAGGAUAUCUAUGCUGCUGGCACUGUGGAGUGAGUUCCAUCUUACUGCAGAUCGUCAUGUUGACAUGUUUAUUAAGCUUUUUCUUGCUCUCGACUUUGGUUAUCUAACUGGCUCAUCAGACGAUGUAGUUCAGGAACUGGCACACGCUCUGGGAAGACGUCAGAUCACUUUAGCUCUGCCAAGUAGCACCAACCCGACAUCAGAUUCAUCUGGUCACACAAUAGAACAAAAUCGUCAUCAAGAGCAAACAGACAGUUGCAAAGAAAUGAUUUCUAAGCUAAAACAACAUAAUGUUGGCUUGUUGUUGCCAUGGUUACUCAAUGAUGAGAAACCAGAGGAUGUUAGUGAACUUUGGCCUCUAGAUAUACCACUUGGAGUCAUACAAGUUGCAGUGGAAUACUCAUUUGCAUAUGAACGUCCAUUGGGUUUGUUUGAACGACUGUCUGCUCGUUGCCAUCGUCACUCCAAUUUUAUUCGUCACUGGAGCAGUGGACUGCUGAUGUGUUAUGGUGCAGUGACUUUGCUUAUCAAUUGCAGCAAGAAUACUUCACCUGGCUCUAUAUGUCUCAGUGGUAGAGUAGUCAAGUCACAUCACAGUGUUGGCAGAUUGUGGCAUGUUCUUCUUCGUUGUGUGUCAGACAUGGAGGAUCUUCUCCAGUCUGUUCCUGGUGUUCUCCCUGAUAGAUUCAUCUACAGUGGAAGUUCUUCUAGCACAAGUAGAAAGUUUCCCCUAGGUCGACCUAAGCAGUUUGUGCCAAAUGAAUCGUGGGGAACAUUUGCUGUAGAUGCUGUAGCAGGAAGAUACAGUGCAGAGAUGUCCAAACACAUCCAAGCAGUACAACAGGUGUGUCCAAGUGUAAAGAAAGGUAUUCCUUUAUGUCACGUUUUGUCUUCGGAAAGUGCAACUCCAGUGGAUCGAUUGGAUCUCCACCAGAUAGCAGCAGAUGUUGGAGAGUUCUGGCCUUCCUUAACAAGUAUCAUAUUUGGUUCUGACCAGUCUGAGUCUAUGGUAUCAAAGCUACAGCAAAACAUUUCUGACUCCAGUUUUGUCCAGCCACCAGCAUUCCGCAUAUUGAGUGAGUGGUUAGAGUCAAGAGACAACCAACUGAUGGUAUGUGAAUUGUAUGAUGCUCUACUUGUUGCUCGCAUUCCAUCUGAACCUCAAAAGCAUUUGAGUUACUUGAUGUUGCCUGAUGCAGCAUCUGAGAAGACGACUCCACCUGGUGACUCUGACAGGGUCACUCCACUCAUCAAAGAAAUAGUAGCUGAAAACGUUGGACAUCGUUGGCAUGAACUAGGUAGAUACCUUGCUGUUUCAGAAGGAGUGCUAACGGAAUGUGACCAACCAAUUUACAUGUUGAAAGCAAAAUCACGUAAAGUUUUGUCAGCCUGGACAGAUCAAAACGGACAUGCUACAGUUCAGCAGUUGUUGGUCGCUUGUGAUAAAGCUGGAGUGGGAGGAAUAGUCAGGAGAGAGAUUGAAUCUAAGCUUGGCACGAACUGAUUGGAACACGAGUCAUACAGAGUGAUAAUCCUAUACAUAACAAUAAUUGUUGUUUGCUCUGAAACAAAGAAGUAAUUAUCUAUAUGUGGACGGGAAAAGGAAGUAAGAGAAACAAGACAACACACUUUGCUUGCUGCGAACCAACAUCCUUAUUGUUGUGUGCAGCUACAAUAUAUGUAGAUGACUAUCAUCCAGAAGAAAAUAUCAUCAGGAAAAAAGAAAAUUUUGAUGACAGUGGAUUGUUUGUGAACAAGAUGGUUAUUGAUAGGAUGACACAACUGAUUGAAAUUACACACAAAGCAAUGAUGUAACUGCCUUAGAACAAGGUUCACUUCAACUUGAUCAUCUCUGAUAUUUCAUCAUUGACUGGAUGUGGCAGGAUGUCAAGCAGUCACCAAUACGUUCAUUUAUGUCGACUUGUACAGCAUGAUAUCACACCACGAGUGAAGGACAGACACACAAACCUCAGCCUCUUCUUACAAGAUGAACACUCAUUAUAAUGGAAGUUAUUGUACAAAUAGUGUAUAUAGAAGAUACAGUAAAGACAAAAGUUUAGUUGUUUUGUAUUGAACUGCUGAUAGCUAUUGGAAAUUGAAUCUCAGCUUCACCAGAUAACGCAUCUUGAUCUACAAGAAAACAUCGUGUCACCCUCAUGUGUCUAUUGAA